AUGAGUUCCCCGACAUUCAUCUUCUCUCUCGGUGCCUGGGUCGUCCCAGCCGUGUUUGAUGCGACUCGUUCUCGGUUGGAGGCCCUCGGUUUCCCCUCAAACUGCCCCGCGCAUCCUUCAAUUGGCGCUGAACCACCUACCAAGACACUGGCCGAUGAUGUCUCUUCUCUACGUGGCGUAUUAAGUGCCUUUGCCGACGAGGGACGAGACGUGGUUGUCGUGGCUCACUCCUAUGGCGGUGUUGUUGCUUCGUCUGCCGUCGAAGGACUGAGCAAAGCUGCCCGCACAGAGGCAGGUCAGACUGGUGGGGUUGUGAAGGUUAUUUAUCUUGCUGCAUUUGCCUUGGAUAAGGGACAGAGUCUCCUCGGCAUGCUUGGAGGAAAUUAUCUGCCCUGGAUGAAAGUUGAAGGCGAUUAUGUUCUCGCUGAUGGAGCUGGAGAGGUUGGAUGGCAGGAUAUUUCCAUUGAAAGCCAGGAGAAAUGGAAUGCCAUGGCGCUGCAUACUUCGCGCGCAGUCUUUUCCGGAGAGUCUACGUAUGAGCCAUGGACAGAGAUCCCAUGUGCUUAUGUUGUGUGUGAACAAGAUCGUGCGCUUCCUCCUCCGUUCCAGGAGUUCUUUGCUUCUAAGAUGGGUGGACCAGAGAAUACUUACCGGCUGCCAAGCUCCCACUCGCCGUUCUUGAGCAUGCCAGACCGAUUGGUAGAUCUGCUGCAGCAGAUUGUGAAGGCGUGA